AUGGGUAGUUCGCUUCACCUCAUCUUCGCCAAGACUCUAGACAAGAUGAGGGUUAAGAGGUUGGAGUUUAAGACGAGAGUUGAGCCUUUUCAUGGUAUAACUCCUAACUCAUCGACCAUACCCCUGGGACAGAUCGAGUUGCUGGUUGCAUUUAGCAUGCCUGACAACUUCCAUAUAGAGAAGCUUACCUUUAAUGUCACGGACUUCGAGAUAGCGUACAACGUGAUCCUGGGCCACCCAAUGCUAGAUAAGUUUGUGGCAAUAGUACACUAUGCAUACCAAACGCUCAAGAUCUCAGACCCCAAAGGGAUCAUAACAGUCAGGGGAGAUCAGCGUGCAGCAGUCAAAUGCGACAAGCAGAGCCUGUACAUGGUCGAACACAUCAGUCGAGUGGCAACCACUUCUAAGGGUGCUGAUUCCAAGCGUUAG